AGAAACUGCAUUCAGCGACGAAAAAAAUAAGGUCAUGACAAAACUGUGGUAACCAGGCGGUUAAAAGCUGAGAAUAACCGGUGAAAAUCGUAGAAUGAGUUCUGUCCAUAUUACCAUUUGUCACUGUCAGUGACACACAGUACGGAUAUCGACACGUCAGUGACAGAGCAGGUUACUCUUCCUACACUCCCUACAACACUAUGGUGCGCCACAGUAAGUUACAGAAACAGAUCUUAUCACUGUAUCGUCAGUUUCUACGUGCUGGACGAGGCAAGCCGGGGUUUGUACCCAGGAUACGUGAGGAGUUCCGGGCAAACGCUGCCAUCAAAAAGACAGACGUCAUGCACAUAGAGUACCUCUGCCGGCGGGCCCAACGGCAACUGGAGCAACUUAAAGAUGUGACAAUCCUGGUUCUGGAGAUCUACCACCCUAGACAGUUCAGAUCUAGUGCACCUGGCUCUAAUGUUCAGACCCUGAAGACCCUCAUUACAUGGAACAGAUGUGUUAGAUUAGGGUUGCAGCUAAACGCAGCAGGUUGAUAACUCUCCAGGAGCAGGACUGGGAAGCCCGCUAUAGAAUUUUAUGACAUACUUUUAAUAUAUCCAUCAUUCCGAUGCCUCUGAAGGCUUGAUUAACUGAAUCGGGUGUGUUUUUUUUAAAGUUUGUAAAUAAGAGAUGUGAAGAGAAGACUUCAGCAAUCUGAAAUUCCAAUCUGGACUAUUUUGGAAAUAUCUUUGGCUAAACUAGGGCUGAAUCUCAAAUAGCUCCCUGCUCCCUAUGUAGUGCACUAUGCGUUCCAUAAAAUAACAGCUACCUCACCCAAAUAGUGCGUUAUAUGUCUAAUAUAAAGCAAAUUAUAUUCAGCCAUAGGCUGCACGACUCUAACAUGUCUAACAUUUAGUGCAUGAUUUGAGUGUAGAAGCCACAGUUUUAUGACAUGCAGUGCAUGAUACGGGUAGUAGGGAGCUGUUUAAGAUUCAGCUUAGGUGUCAAUAAAUGUGUUUGUGGGGUUGUGAGGUUUUCUUAUUUGCAUACAAGUUGUGUACUGUAUGAUCUACAUACUGUAUAAUCACAUUAAAUGUUAAUGGGCCCGUACCAUG